AUGUUCGAUGAUAUUCUUGAGUACAUAAAAAGACCAGUUGAGGAGAAGAACUCCCCCUCCAAGAAACAAAAAAAGGAAGAGAAGUCAGAGCCUGCAGAAGAAGCGCUUUCUGCAGAAGACUCGGCAUUUAACAUCUUUGAGUAUUUCGAUGACAGAUAUCGGAAAGGCAAAGAUCCACAGAAGAGGGAGCCAGAAAUUAGAAAACCCACAGGAGUAGAUCAAUGUGAUGCAGAGAAUAUUUCCUCUAGUGAACUCUGUAUGGAUGAUCUUGCCAUCUCAUCUGAGUAUAGGCAGCCUACUAAAGAGCCAGCUCCUCUAGAGGCAAUAGAAAUACCUGCAAUCGUUAAAAGGCCUCACUUUCCAGACAUAAACAUUUCACAACCAGACAACACAUCGUAUCUGUGCACACAGACCCCUAUAACCAGCAUAGAGGCAAAGAUAGCCAUGGCAAAGCAGCAGAGCCCAGACACUAACUAUGUUAUGCUCAAGGAAAUACGAAAUACAGAGGCUUUAAAAAUAAACGGCACAGUGCUUGGGUAUGUUAUAAGACAUUCUGCGCCAUACGAAGCAGGAAACAUUCUUAUAACAGAUGGAGUGGAUGAAAUGCCGUGUGCUGUUUGCCCGCAGGUGCUAGAGAAGUACAAACUAGAGAAAGACUCAAUUGUUCUAUUGGACUCUCCAUCUGUGUGGAGAGUGCCUUACACAGACAAUGCAUGCGUGCUGAACAUUGUCACAAGGAAUGUAAUUUCAGUGCAAGCAAUGCAAAGAAUAUAG